CACCAGAAUCAGGUCAAAUAUUCCAGUCCAUAUUUUAACUCUGACCCCUAACGGUGUAAGGCCCAUCCAAAUAUAAUACAGAGACAUGGGAUUCACUCACAACUUCUGUUCUAUGUAAUGAAGAAUGUCGGAGUGAGCUGAGGAGAUGCUGACAAAAUAUUUUGAGCUCUGGAAUUAUCAAAAGUGGAAGUCUCAGGUGGCUAUGGAGCUGGGACGAUCAUAUUUCAGAAGGUCCAGAGCGCUGCUACUCACAAUGAUGUUCAAAUGGGGAAUAUUCUGCACAGCAAAGGCAGACAUAUGUUUGUCUUCCCCAUGUCAGAAUGGAGGCACAUGCAUAGACGUAAAGGCUAAUUACACAUGUUUAUGCCCAAAGGAACCACUUAUUUAUGUGGGUAAAGACUGUGAGCUACUGUAUGAUGCUUGUACACAUGCCAACUGUCAUAACUGCAUCAGCACACUAGGGAUAGAUAACUACUUCUGUCCCUGUCCAGAGGGCUUUGGAGGCCCUGAUUGUACUCUUAACUUGGACAAAUGUAAGAGUAACCCAUGCACUGGAAUAAAGAACCGUUGUGUGGAUGCAGUUUAUGGAUAUUCAUGUCACUGCCCUAGUAGCUACAGUGGUGAGGACUGCAAAACUCAAAGUGCACAAUUGAUGGACUGCUUGGAUAAUCCCUGCUUUAACAACGCAACCUGCAUACAGGAAUCACACGGCUAUGAGUGCAGAUGUGGUCCUGGCUUUUAUGGGACCUACUGUGAAUAUGAAAAUGAUGAAUGCCUGUCACAACCUUGUCAGAAUGGUGCGAUCUGUCUCGAUGGGAUAGAUGUGUACCAAUGCUUCUGUGUUCCUGGAUUCCAGGGAUACAACUGUGAGAUAGACAUUAAUGAGUGUGCUUCUCAGCCAUGUGGGAACAAUGGAAAGUGUUUUAAUGGAAAGGAUCGUUACAUCUGUGAGUGUCUGAUAGGGUUCACAGGAGUGAAUUGUGAAGCCGAGAUCAAUGAGUGUGAGGUGACUCCAUGUCAGAAUGGUGCUACAUGCCAUGACUAUAUAGGGAAAUACAUAUGUGAGUGUGUGUCUGGGUUUGAAGGCAUCAGCUGUGAGGUGGACAUCAAUGAGUGUAUCAGUUUGCCUUGCCUUAACAAUGGCUCAUGUAUUGAUUUGGUGAACAGGUAUGAAUGUGACUGCAGUGGAACAGGGUUUGGUGGGUCAUUUUGUGAGGAGGAGAUUCUUGAGUGUGCGUCUGAGCCUUGUCAGCAUGGAGCCAAAUGUCAUGAGGGAAUUAAUCAAUACACCUGUCAGUGCUGGCCAGGUUAUGAGGGGAAUAACUGUGAGAUGGAUGUGGAUGAAUGCAAGGCACAGCCUUGUGAGAAUGGUGGCAUGUGUUUCCAACGCUCUGACCAGACAAAUUACGGUGUCUUGGCCCAGCUGGGUCCAUCAUUCAGCUAUAAGCAUGCUGAUGGCUUUCUGUGCAAAUGUUUGGCUGGUUUUACAGGUGAAAACUGUUCAUUUAAUAUUGAUGAUUGUGAAGUUGCACCAUGCCUAAAUGGGGGAAGCUGUGAAGAUCGAAUUAAUGCAUAUCAGUGUUUUUGCACUCCAGGGUUCACAGGUUUUAUGUGUGAGCUGGACAUUGAUGAGUGCAACAGUGCACCUUGUAAGAAUGGUGCCUUGUGUGAGGAUGUCAUUAAUGACUAUAUCUGUCACUGCCCUAUAUCAGUACCUGGCCAGAUGCCUUGGGGUGGCCGUAACUGUGAAAUUGCUUUGACUGGCUGUGUGGAUAAGCCCUGCAACAAUGGAGGAAUGUGUGAACCUUUCCUACAUGGAGACAAACACCUUUUUAAGUGCAGGUGUCCAUCUGGCUUCUCUGGUGACAACUGUAGUAUUCCCACCACUUUCUCAUUCUCUAAAGCAGCCUAUGUGGUGAUGAAUGUGCCUUUUAACGAGACUUACAACAAUAAGUCAACCAGUGUUUCACUGCGGUUCAGGACAACUUUACCAGAUGUAGUGUUGUUCUUCAGGGGAAAUGCACAGCAUUUCUUCAUGCUAGAGAUGAAUGGUGGGAAUCUUCUGGCUAUGGCAGAAUCAGGGGACUUAAAGCUGGUGGUUGAACUUCAUGGGAAUUUUAACGAUGGAAAGUGGUAUGCAGUGUCUGUUUCCGUUUAUGAAAUGCUGAUUCUGAGAGUAUUUGAUAAAAAUUACACAUAUAUAGAGCAGACUGAUCACAAUCCGCAUCUUUUGUUCCCUCCACACUGUUUGGAUAAAGUUUACAUUGGUUGCGUACCACAUGAUUACAUGAAAAAGACAAAGAUGUGGACAGGAUUCAUUGGUUGUAUGGAGGAUUUUGUCAUCAGUUCUCAGCUUAUUCUGCCUCAUAACUUCUCUCAAGAGAAUAUCACGUAUGUCCAUAAGGGCUGUGAAAAGCCUGAGUGGUGUGAUCUAGAUUCUUGCUCUCAUCACGGACAGUGUAUAGACCUUUGGACUGAAUACAAGUGUGACUGCCACAGGCCAUUUUAUGGAAACAUCUGUUCCAAAGAGUACCCUUCAUGGACAUUCAGCCAUGAGCAUAAUAGAAGCUUUGCCGCAUUUCCUAUAACUCGGCGCCAUGCUGGCAACAUCAGUAUAUCAUUUUUGUUGCGAACACGGAAAAACAGUGGCCUUAUACUUCAAUUUCAACGAGGGAAUCAGUCAUAUUUCUCUGUGUUCCUGCAGAGAGGCACAAUAAAUGUCGAUGCAUUCUCUUCUACUAGAGAGAGUUCUAUGAUCAUUACAAAUGGGGAGAAGAUGCUGAUUACCAUUGAUGUCCAGGGAGGAUAUUUAUACUUCAAUCACACAAAAACACUUUUUAGCCCUGGGAUUUUUCCUGAACUUGAAGUACAGGCAGGAGAUGUACUAUAUCUUGGUGGACUUCCUGAAGAACGUGAUACUGUACCUUGGGGUGGCCAUUUCAAAGGUUGCCUACAGGACAUAUGGCUGGAUGACAUUCAGCUCUACAUGAACAUAAACAAAAUAAUAAAAAAAGAUGAGCAGCCAAAAUACUUAGCAGACAUUUCAUAUAACUUGUUGGAGCACUGUGUCAGUGAUGAAACAUGUAAGGGAAGACCAUGCCUGAAUGGUGGAGAAUGCAUAAUCAUAUGGAAUGACUUCAUCUGUUCCUGUCCACAAAACUACACUGGAAAGACAUGUGACAUUCGAGUGUGGUGUGCUAGUAGUCCAUGUGCCAUUGGUAGCCAGUGUGUGGACCUGCCUGAUGGAUAUGAGUGUUUGGCCAAUGCCACGUUUGAAAACAAUGCUUUGAAGUUCAGUGCCAGUGGCUCUUUAUCUGCUCCUGUGACAGUGGUUUCAGUGAAACUGCGAACUCGUACAGAGAAUGGCACACUUCUUCGUUCCUCCUCUGGUUUAGAAUUUUUCCACAUGGGUCUCCUGAAUUCAUUCAUACUGGUGAAGAUCUGUAAUAGCAAAAAUCAGGAGGUGCUGCCUUUCUACAGUGAUGUGGAGGUUUCAGAUGGAGAAUGGCACUAUGUGGAGCUCAGGAAGACACGUUUACGCUAUGGUUCGUCUCUUUGGAAACUCACCGUAGAUGGGCAAAUGGCUAAUUUGAGCAAAGUGUUUGCUGCCAACUUGGAUUUCUUUAACCAUUCUACCGUGUGGUUGGCAGAGAAUUUCACCGGCUGUCUUGGUGAAGUUAGGAUAGGGGGCGUGUAUCUGCCACUGGUGGGGGGCAUUCAUGAAGAAGCACCUCAAUUUUCGAAGUUUAUCCAUUAUGGUUGCAUAAAGGAACCAAAAAUUGGGUGCAGUGGUGCACCAGUGUGUGUCCUACAACCUUGUUUGAAUAACGGUUCAUGCCGAGACCUCUUUAAUCUAUAUAGAUGUGACUGUGCCCCAGGCUGGCAGGGUGAAAACUGCCAGGACGAUAUCAAUGAGUGUAUCUCUGGGCCUUGCAUUCAUGGGACCUGCAAGAACCUUCCUGGGGAAUACCUGUGCCAGUGUGCUCUGGGCUACAGGGGAAGGCACUGUAAUGAGGAUGUGGAUGAGUGCCAAGAGCUGCAUUGUGAGAACUUGGGGUCCUGUUUGAACUUUGUGGGUGGAUAUACUUGCAUCUGUCCACCAGCAUACAGUGGUCCACUUUGCCAAUGGAGCUUCCCUCCAAUGCAGUGCAGAGUAGAUGUUCAGUGUAUGAAUGGAGGAGUCUGUAUUAAUGGACCCUGGGGGGCCAACUGUACUUGCAGACCUGGGUACACCGGAGAGAGAUGUGAGGUUGAUAUAGAUGAUUGUGAGUCCAACCCAUGUCUCAAUGGAGCUUCCUGCAUGGACCAGAAGAAUCAUUAUAUUUGUGAGUGCAUGCCAGGAUUCAGUGGAGAUAAAUGCGAGGCUCCUAGGCAACAGAAGAGGGAGAGCAUCCCCUGGCUCAUAGUGGCAGUCCCAAUGAUGUGUUUUGCUGCUUUGCUGGCCAUGGUUGGUUUGGGUUGCAUGAUGCUUACCGCACGAAGGAAAAGGCAGUCUGAAGGCACUUAUAGUCCCAGUCAACAAGAGGUGGCAGGUGCUCGUCUCGAAAUGGGCAGCGUGCUUAAAGUGCCCCCUGAAGAAAGACUGAUUUAACUUUUAACUUUAAGCAAGUACUGAAAGGUUUACCCAUGAUAUAGUUCCCUUGAUUUCAAACAGUAUUUAGAUUUACUGUCAAAAUCACCAAGUUCUUAGGUAAAUAGUUAAAAUACUCUGAGCAAGUAACUAAACUUAUAAGACUAAAAUUUUCUAAAUUUUUUAUAAUUUUCUAAAACAUUCUAUCUAUAUUUUAUCUAUAGCUACAAAAAAAUACAGUUUCAAGAUUUAUUGAAUUGGAUGUGCAUCUAAUUUCAUAAAAUAUUUUUGCAGUGCAUUGAAUCGAACAACAUCAUAUUGAUUUUUUUGGGUAUGGAUUUUUCUCGGAUAUUUUUUUUAAUUCAGCUCAAUCUAAAUGCAGAAUGUAUUGUAAUAUCUGUGAAUAAUGGUUUACAGCAUUCUCAUACUCUACCUGACUGAACUGCUUAACUACCUAACUAACGAGAUAUUUUUUUAAUAUUUUGUAUUUUUUCCUUAGUCUGAAGACACUGUAAAAUAUAUAUAUAUACGUUUUUUAAACACUUGACUAUUUGUAAUGUCACAUUCACUGGAAAUGUAUCUGAAAGACAUAAUCAACAAUGACAAAUAUGAUGUGA